AUGUCGGAUACAAUCAACCCCAUUAUACCAGGCUUCGCGCCAGAUCCAUCCGUGGUAAAGGUGGGCGACUGGUUUUAUCUCAUCAACUCCAGUUUCCACCUUUUCCCCGGUCUACCUAUUUACGCCUCUCAAGAUCUGGUAUCCUGGCAGCAGAUUGGAAAUGCAAUCCACCGUCAGUCCCAGCUCAGCCUCGCAAAGUCAUCGGCGAAUCUCUACCCAGUGGAUGAUGGCAAGUUUUUGGUCGGGAGUGGAGGCCUGUACGCGCCAACCAUCCGUUACCACCAGGGCACAUUCUAUGUCGUCUGUACCAAUGUCCUCCGUUCGCCAGGGAAGAGUAGGGAUGGGACGGAGAAUUUCGUGGUCUCCACCGAUGAUAUUUGGUCAGGCACAUGGAGCGACCCGGUCUAUUUUGAGUUCGAUGGAAUUGACCCAAGUCUUCUGUUUGAUGAUGAUGGAAAAGUCUACUUGCAAGGGUCUGGUGGAUUAGGCCCAGGCACCACGAUUAACCUCUUCGAACUCGACCUGAAGACCGGCGCAAAAUUGUCGGAGGAAAAGGUCAUCUGGCGCGGCACUGGGGACAUUUACCCUGAGGGACCGCACUUGUAUAGGUACAAGGGCUGGUAUUACCUGCUCAUCGCAGAAGGCGGCACCCACGGCGGGCAUAUGGUGACAAUGGCACGCUCUCAAAACGUCUUUGGCCCAUACGAAUCGUGUCCAAACAACCCCGUCCUCACGGCGCGUGGGACUCGAGAGUAUAUCCAGUAUACCGGCCACUGUGAAAUCUUCCAGGACGAGAAGAGCCAAUGGUGGGGAGUUUGUCUUGGGGCCCGUCUAGAGGACCAAGGGAGAUCCCCCAUGGGUCGCGAGACCUUUUUGACCCGCGUGGACUGGAAUGGUGAAUGGCCCAUCUUUGAUCAAGUGAAAGUGAAUCCCGGCGGUCUUUCCGCAACCCGUUCGAGCUCACACCUCACGGCAAAAGCUGGGUUGGACUAUCUCUACAUUCGAGAUGCGGAUAUGAGCAAUUACCGGCUCGAGAAUAGUAACUCUUCCGCGACAUUGACCGCAUCAACGGUCGAUUUGUCCCACCCGGAACACAGCCCGACAUUCGUUGGUAAGCGGCAACGGCAGUUAGCCGGCACCAGUUCUGCGAUCCUUGAAGGAAUCGAAGAUUCUUGGAGCUCUGCAAAGAUCCAGGCUGGGCUCGCCUGUUACAAGGAGGAGCACCGCUACUGUAGGAUCUACUACAACGCUGCUCAGCAUGAGGUGGUUUUCGAAUUGGUCAAUUUUGCUAAGAAGAUUGCUCGAACGGAUAAACACACCCUCGGGGAAGUCCCUCACUCAGUGCGUUUCCGCAUAGAGUACACAGAGAAACAGUAUACCCUGUUUUAUUCAGCUUUGCCUCAUGUCGGUAACGACUGGUCACUCCUAGGAACGGUUGAUACUCUGGAUAUGACAGAUCCCGAUUUCACCGGCCCAAUCAUCGGCGCCUAUGCUGUUGGGCAGGCUGAGGGCGUGCAAGUUCAGUUUGGGGGCCUAGAUGUCCAGUAA